UCCCCCCGCUGCUGAGAAGUGGGGGAGGGUCUCGGCCUCCAGGUUCCCGCCCCACCGGGGCCCGGGCGAGCAUGGGGGGCAAGCAGAGCACGGCGGCCCGCUCCCGGGGCCCCUUUCCGGGGGUCUCCACCGAUGACAGCGCCGUGCCCCCGCCGGGAGGGGCGCCCCACUUUGGGCACUAUCGGGCGGGCGGCGGGGCCAUGGGGCUGCGCAGCCGCUCGGUCAGCUCAGUGGCGGGCAUGGGCAUGGACCCCAGCACGGCCGGAGGGGUGCCCUUUGGCCUCUACACCCCCGCCUCCCGGGGGACAGGCGACUCGGAGAGGGCGCCCGGCGGCGGAGGGUCUGCGUCCGACUCCACCUAUGCCCAUGGCAAUGGUUACCAGGAGACCGGCGGCGGUCACCAUAGAGACGGGAUGCUGUACCUAGGCUCCCGAGCCUCGCUGGCGGAUGCUCUACCUCUGCACAUCGCACCCAGGUGGUUCAGCUCGCACAGUGGUUUCAAGUGCCCCAUUUGUUCCAAGUCUGUGGCUUCUGAUGAGAUGGAAAUGCACUUUAUAAUGUGUCUGAGCAAACCUCGCCUCUCCUACAAUGCAAUUCCUUCCUUCAUCUGCUACCUGGUGCCCAGGAAGCCCUUCUUCUUCCCUAUGGACAGCCUCUCACUGUCCCUAGACACUGACCGCUGCCACAUCUCUGAAACUUGUCAUGAGAGCCAGCUUGGCAGCCCAGCCUGA